AUGUAUCUCUACGCCGUCGACUACGAGUACGUGUACGACAAGUUUAGCGGCAACUCGAAAAUGGCGAUUUAUUGCAAAAGAAAGGGUCGCGACGGUCUGUACGUGUCCUGCGUGGUGUACGUGCUAUGGUCCAGCUACCUUUACGUUUCCGUCAAGGAAUGCGCCAUUUACAAGUACGAACGAUGGGGUGGAAACGAGGACGACAACGAGUCCGACGCCGACUAUGUCAGGCGUGAUGUCGUGGAUGGGCGACUGCAGCGACAGAAACUCGAAAUGUCGUCGGCUUCCAACGUGCGGUGCGAGGUGGUCGAGAAGCUCAACGGCUAUGGAUUCCGCGAGGCUGAAGACGUCUACCUCAAGGUGUACAUCUCGGACCCCAAACUCAUGCGGGCGUUUCUCCAAGGCAUGCCGGCCGGAUCCACCUUUGGCGGCCAAGUGGAUUCCAUCAUCCAGUUUAUGGUGGACCUCGAGGUUGCGCCCUGGCUCUACGUAGAGGACGACAAGAUACGAAGCCUGCAGCGGAACGGCACCUGUUUUUCGCGAAGAAUCGAGGAGUUUGAAGUCGUGGACUGUAGGGAUCUGAAGCCGGUCGUCGAAGAGUUUGAGUUUGAUUUCGACGCGGCCGACAACACACGUGCGUCGCACUGGGACUUUGGUAACCGCAUCGUGGAUUGCCGAACGCACUGCCGAUUUCUGCACUCGGACACCUGCAAUCUAGAAGAGUUUGCCGCUGAGCUGAAGAGGCAGCACGUCAACGUUACCCGGUCUUUGGCGGGGCCUUCGCGUUACUAUCUCCGCGUCUGCCACGAAAAGGUGAACACCGACUUUAAGCUAAAGUGGGAUGACGACUACGUGCGGUUCGAGAAGGGACCGACGAAGGCCGUGACGAUAGUGGACAGGGCCACGAACGAGGCACACUGCACCUUCGACGAUUGGCUGUGGCGUUGUGGACGGACGGCGACUGGGAUCGCCAUCUCGAGAAAGUUUGAGUGUAGGGAAAAGUUUAGCUACCGCAAACCACUCGACAUACCUCCCGUGGUCACAAUGUGCUUUGACAUAGAGUGCAUAAGCGACGACGAAGUGAACUUUCCCAUCGCCAAGCUGGGGGAUUCCAUAAUUCAGAUUGCCUGCGUCACCGUACACGACAUGCUUCGCACAAAAUUGACCGACUAUUCGAAAGCCGACUGCAUACAAAAGACCGUGUUUACGGUGGGCUACUGCUCGCCCAUCCCCGGCGUCAGAGUCGUGAGCUGCAUCGACGAGAAGGAGCUGCUGAGGGCAUUCAACUCGCACUUUGUCGAGAUGGACCCGGACAUUGUCACCGGCUACAACAUAAUCAACUUUGACUUUCCCUACGUGUUGCAGCGAAUGGACAUGCUCAAGGUGACCCAGACUAUGAGCAGACGCAAGUGGUGUCGGUGGACCCACUACCACAAAUACGCCAGUGGUCGCAUCGAGUAUUUCAAGCCGCCGACGCCGGACAACCUGGCCAGUCCGGAAUGGCGCAAGUGCGUGCGCGACAACCAGGCCAAGUCGUGGAACACGGAGAUAGUCUUGACCACGCCGUCGCGGGUCGUCAUCGACAUGUACAAGAUUAUUCAGGAGGGGCAGUUUCGCUUGCGGCGGGAGACGCUGGACGCAGUCUCUUCGCACUUUCUCGGCGGUGAGACCAAGGAAAACGUAAAGUACAAGGACAUGUUUCGGCUCUUUCACGGCGGACCCGACGAUAGGAAAAAAAUUGCGAGUUACUGCGUCCAGGACUGCAUGCUGCCCCUCAAACUGAUGACCAAGCUCACGACGCUCGCCUCGACGCUCCAGUUUGCCAAGGUCAACAUGAUACCGAUGCGCUACGUGCACGGAAAGGGGCAGCAGAUCAGGGCCUUUUCUCUGAUUUUGCACGAGGCGAAGGCGCGCAACAUGAUCUUUCCCUCCUUUGUGCCGCCCGUCGGUAUGGACAGUUUCCAGGGGGCCACCGUCGUGGAGCCGUGCAGGGGCUUUUACCAGAGCCCGGUGCUGACCUUGGACUUUGCGUCUCUUUACCCCUCGAUAAUCAUUGCUUACAAUCUCUGCUUCACGACGCUCAAGACCAACGUCGGAGAAAACGUCGGCGAGAUGGUCUAUCACCGGAACGCGAGGCUGGUGUGUGACAAAGUGUCGGACGAAGAGCCUCGGAGGCAGGCCACGAUAGGGGCGGUUUUCUCUCGUGACAUCAAGCCUGAGCUCAAGAAGAAGCAUAAUGUCAAGCGAUUGCAGAGGGGGCAAACCACUUUGGAUAAGUUUGUAUCCAAACCUCGCCAGACGUCCGUACCCGCCGCUGUCGCGCGAGCAUCCGCCUCGCACAAAGAGGAGGUGGAGUUUGCCAACGGCGAGAUCCUAACCCCGUCCGGCGAUCGCUUCGUCGACCCGAGCGUGAGACUGGGCGUCAUCCCGAAGGUGAUUGUUCGACUCCUAAACGCUAGACGCGAGGUCCGCGCGGAGAUGAAGAAGGAGACUGACCCUUUCGUCAAGAUGCUGCUCAACAACCAGCAACUGGCCAUAAAGUGCACCGCCAACUCGAUGUACGGCUUCACCGGUGCGCUCGAGAAGGGAGUGCUAUCUUGCGUGCAAGUGUCGCGCAGCGUCACGGCCUUUGGCAGAAGACUCAUCGGCAGGACCAAGGCGUACGUCGGCGAGUAUCAGGAGCGCGUCGACGACGGCGAGUUUGCCGAGGAGUACGUCGAGGUCCCUCCGCCGCGCAACCUUUCCGUAAUAUACGGCGACACUGAUUCCGUGAUGAUCAAGACGCCAGACGGAACCAGCAUCGAGACUGCUCUCGUGUGGGGCGAGAAAAUUUGCGAGUGGAUCAACGGACAUUACCGGCGUCCCAUAGAGUUGGAGUUUGAAAAGAUUUAUUGCCCAUACAUUCUAUUUACGAAAAAGCGCUACGCCGGUAGGAUGUUUGUCGACGCCAACACUCCUCCCAAGGUCGACUGUAAGGGCCUGGAGAACGUGCGGAGAGACACCUGUCCCUACGUGUCGGAAGUCGUCUCCGAGACCAUUUCGAUCCUGGUGGAGAAGAACGACGUGAAGGGUGCCGUGGCAUACGCGAGCAAAGCCCUGUGCGACCUGAAAAACCAGAAGGUGACCAUAGACAAGUUGUUGAUGACCAGAGCCUUGAGUAAAAAGGAAUACAAAUCUACGAUGCCUCACGUCGAGGUGGCCAGGAAGAUGGCGAGUCGCAAUCCAGGUUCGGAACCGCGGGGAGGAGAGCGCGUUCAGUUUGUGAUGAAGGCGUUCAAACCCUACGAGGUGGAGAGGCUACGGGGGACAGAUUACCUUACCGGCAAGCUGGUAAAGGCGGCCUAUCGCGCCGAAGACCCGGCCCAUCUCUUGAACUCGGUCGACGAGGACAUUGACUACGAGCACUACGUCAAGAUGCUGAAGCCGCCGCUACUCCGGAUAUUUAGCGUCGUCCUCGCGUGCCACGAAGCGGAGGCAGCGCGGAUCGUCUUUGGCGCAAGCGACGGCAUUCGUAAUCGUCCUGCGCUCGAAACGAGUGCGCCGUUGGCCAGGUUUGUAGUCCGCCAGCCUCGCUGUACGAAAUGCAGAAAGAGAAAGAGCUCGUCUUCCGUUGACCAAGGAUGCGACUGCGGCGCUAAUGACGGCGACUGCGACGAGUCCGUCCACGACGGGAUCGGUGCACAUGCCGAGAAGGUCUUGAACUUUUUAGAUAUAUGUAAGCGGUGCACGGGCAAAAAGUCGGCGGGGGAAAUCUCGUGCACGAACCAGGACUGUAAAUAUUUUUUCGUGCGGAAAGAGUGCGCGCGAUUAUUCGAUCGGCGCUACGGCAAAGUGUCUCACGCGGAGUGCAACGAGUGUCGCGAAAAACCGUGUUCGGUGGCCCUGUGCAUGCGGGAGCUGCGGGACAUGUUGGACUGGUGACGUCUUCGUUGACUAAUAAAAAUAUGUAUCAACCCAAUCAGAAUACGAAUAUCAGAAUUCCUAUAGAUUUGUUUAUCGCGUACUGGCGCGG